AAUGGUGACAAAAGAGAACUCAGGUCAUUAUGACUACGCCGCUCACCCUUUAUAUCCUUUGUUCUUUAUAAAUUAUUAUGUAAAGCUGGAAAACGGGGGAAGUUGAGGACAAAGUUGAACUGCGUUUCAUGGGAGCCUUUCCGGUACAAUAGAAUAUAUCCCCUGCACUUUAUUUUUUUCUCUCCUUUAGUUCUUCCCAAUAAAGAAACCAUGCAGCUUAGAUUCACUUCCCAUGUUAAAUGUCAAACUGUUUCUUUCUCUUCCUUGGCUUGUUCUUGCUGUGUUUGCUGGAAUCGAAGUCUCAGCUUGAGUGAAAGUGGAGAAGCAGACAAGUUUAAAAUGAGCUCAUGCAGUAUAAAGAGCUCGUCACAGAGGCUGGAAAAUAUAGAUGAGAAUGGUCCUGCAAGGUGGUUACCACUGUCCUGCCCCCCGCCUGAAACUCCUACAGAGUCCAUGGAGUUUCUUGCCAGAUCAUGGAGCCUCUCGGCUAUGGAACUCUCCACAGCUCUUGCGAAGACGCAUGUAGCUUCCGACGGUCUUGAUCAGAAGCCAUCUGUUUCUUCUGUUGGAAAUGAAACGCAUGAUGCAAGUUCUACUGCUUCAAGGGAACCUCUAGUUCAGCAGUUACCUAGUGGCGGUAGCCCUCCAAUAUCACCAAGGGAGAGUGAAGAUUUUAAGGAACUAGUUUUACUUCGUCAAGCACUGCAUCCAGAAUUUCUCUCUAAUCAACAACUGCUUAAAUAUGGGAUAUACAAGAGCAUAGUAAGAGGGCGAACAAUGGGGAGAUGGUUGAAGGAUCAGAAAGAAAGGAAGAAGCGGGAAAUCAGAACCCACAACGCACAACUGCAUGCAGCCGUAUCAGUUGCUGGAGUUGCAGCUGCCGUUGCGGCACUUGCAGCCUCAAGUGCAAUGUUGCCGGAAAUGGCAACUACCUGUCAGAAGACAUCUUCUAAAGUAACAACUGCUAUUGCGUCUGCAGCGGCUCUUGUUGCGUCGCACUGCAUUGAGAUUGCAGAGGACAUGGGAGCUGAUCAUGACCAAAUUUUAACGGUAGUCAACUCUGCAAUUAAUGCAAGAACAAAUGGAGAUAUCAUGACACUAACAGCUGGAGCAGCUACAGCCUUGCGAGGAGCUGCCACACUAAGGGCAAGGCUGCAAAAGACUACAACAAUUGCUCUAGGAGAGGAAAAGGGUGAACGAGGCAUCGAAUCUAACAUCUCAUAUGCAUUGAACUUUGUUGCUACAGGAGGGGAACUACUCAAGCGCACAAGAAAAGGAGCUCUGCACUGGAAGCAAGUUUCUUUCUACAUAAACUCUAACUGGCAGGUGGUGGCUAAAUUGAAAAGCAAGCAUAUGGCAGGCACAUACACUAAAAAGAAGAAGAGUGUGAUCUCAGGAGUCCAUAGUGACAUCCCAGCAUGGCCUAGAAGGGAGAGGGAAGACAAUGGUGAGCAGAGAGCUUAUUUUGGGAUUAAAACUGCUGACAGAAUAAUAGAAUUUGAAUGCAGAAGUAAAGGUGACAAACAGAUGUGGACAGAUGGGAUCCAGCAUAUGUUGAAUUGUUGUAACAACUUAGCAUAUUUCUGAGGGAAACUAAAUGGAUUUGAUGGGAAAAGUAGAUUGUCAUUUCUGUAAAGCAAUUACGUUGACAUGUAUAUAUCUGAUUCCCCAGGCACUGGGUUUAAUUUCCAAUAAUAGCAACUUCUACGCUA